UGGCCCCGCCCCCACGCUCGGUACCUCGCGAGACUUCGCAGAGGACUCUCUCUUUCGUCUCUGCCGCAGCCAUGCCAUCCAGACUGAGGAAGACCCGGAAACUAAGGGGCCACGUGAGCCACGGCCACGGCCGUAUCGGCAAGCACCGGAAGCAUCCGGGAGGCCGGGGUAAUGCUGGUGGCAUGCAUCAUCACAGGAUCGACUUCGACAAAUAUCACCCAGGUUACUUUGGGAAAGUCGGUAUGAGGCAUUACCACUUAAAGAGGAACCAGAGUUUCUGCCCAACUGUCAACCUUGAUAAAUUGUGGACCUUGGUCAGUGAACAGACACGGGUAAAUGCUGCUAAAAACAAGACUGGAGCGGCUCCAAUCAUUGAUGUGGUGCGAUCGGGCUACUACAAAGUUCUGGGGAAGGGAAAGCUCCCAAAGCAGCCUGUCAUCGUGAAGGCCAAAUUCUUCAGCAGAAGAGNCCAACUAUUCCGAGAAAAGUCAGCCCCUGGCACGGAAACAAGGCGAAAGCGCCCACCUACAUCCCCCGACGGCGGGGAGGCUACGGGGGCUCGGGCGGCUGGGAACCCGCAGCGCUCGGAGCUCCCGCGGCCGUCCAUCAGUCUGCACCGCCCAACUUCAGCAGCUCCCUCACGACACCUACCAGAGCUCGGCGCUCUCUUUGGCCCCCGAGAACCACUUCCGGAGGGUGAGCAGUUCUGGUUCCGGGGCACUUAUACCUCCCCCACUACCAGCCACUCCCGGCCGGAAGCACGCUAG